AACUGUAGAUCGAAAAAAAACCGCAGCAGCACAGAUAUCUACAAGCAAAGCAAAGCUAAGCUCAGAAGUCGACAAUAACACAAAAAUGGGAGUGGAGAAACAAGUUAUCAGACCCGGAACUGGUCCCAAACCAACUGCUGGUCAAAACGUGACCGUUCAUUGCACUGGUUUUGGGAAAAAUCGUGAUCUCUCACAGAAGUUUUGGAGCACCAAGGAUCCAGGGCAAAAGCCUUUCGCGUUCAAAAUUGGCCAAGGAUCUGUCAUAAAGGGAUGGGAUGAAGGUGUCAUGGGAAUGCAAGUGGGAGAAGUUGCUCGCCUGCGGUGUUCUCCUGACUAUGCUUAUGGAGCUGGUGGAUUUCCAGCUUGGGGAAUACAACCAAACUCGGUCCUGGAUUUUGAGAUUGAAGUCAUAAGUUUGGAGUGAGUAAAUCGUGGGAGGAGGCUAUUCUAAAUAACAUGUCAUAGACAUGAGUAUUAUCUCCCAGCGUUUGAUGAACAUGUAAUAUGUUUAAGAUGGAGCUAUUUACUCUUGUUCUCUUACUAGGAACAAGGUUUGUAGCUUGGUUAAACAUUUCAUCAUCUUGAAAUGAGCAUGAUUUGGUGCCAAGCAUAAUGAAGCACUCAGUUUUCUCA